AUGGAGCAGCCCGAGGCGGAUGCCGCCUCCGAGGACGCCAUGGACUCGUUCCUGGAGAAGUUCCAGAGCCAGCCUUACCGUGGCCGCUUCCUCGAGGACCGCUGGGAAGAGGAAUUUGAAAAGAUCCCUCUGUUUAUGAAGAAAGCACCGUCAGAAAUUGAUCCCCAGGAGAAUCCUGACCUGGCUUGCCUCCAGUCAAUUAUUUUUGAUGACGAGCGACCUCCAGAAGAACAAGCCAAGACCUAUAAAGAUGAGGGCAAUGAAUACUUUAAAGAAAAAGACUAUGAAAAAGCUGUGAUUGCGUAUACUGAAGGCUUAAAGAAAAAAUGUGCAGACCCUGAUUUGAAUGUUGUUCUUUACACCAACCGGGCAGCAGCACAGUACUAUCUGGGCAAUUUUCGUUCUGCUCUCAAUGAUGUGACAGCUGCCAGAAAGCUAAAACCCUGCCACCUUAAAGCAAUAGUAAGAGGUGCCUUGUGCCAUCUGGAACUGAAAAACUUUGCUGAGGCUGUGAACUGGUGUGACGAGGGGCUGCAGAUAGAUGCCAAAGAGAAGAAGCUUCUGGAAAUGAGGAUUAAAGCAGACAGACUAAAGCGGACUCAACAGAGGGAUAUAAGGAAAGCAAAGCUGAAAGAGAAGAAGGAGCAGAAUCAGAAUGAGGCUUUACUCCAGGCCAUCAAGGCUAGGAACAUCAAGCUAGUCUCUGAAGCUGCCAGUGAGGAUGAAGAUUCUGCCUCAGAAGGUCUAAGUGCACUCCUGGAUGGGCUCAGCUUGGAGAACCCCUAUGGCACCAGGCUGAGUAUAGAUGACCAGGGCAGAUUGAGCUGGCCUGUGCUCUUUCUGUACCCGGAGUAUGCCCAGUCAGACUUCAUCUCUGCUUUUCAUGAGGACUCCAGGUUUAUUGAUCAUCUAAUUGUGAUGUUUGGUGAAACACCCUCUUGGGACUUGGAGCAAAAAUACUGCCCUGAUAAUUUAGAGGUCUACUUUGAAGAUGAGGACAGGGCAGAACUGUACCGGGUGCCUCCUAAGAGCACCUUGCUGCAGGUGCUCCAGCACCCCAGGUACUUUGUAAAAACCCUGACACCAGCAUUUUUAGUCUGUGUGGAAUCCUCUCCUUUUUGUAGAAAUUAUCUCCAGGGGAGAAAAGUGCACCAGGUAAAGUGA